GAACACCACCAGCAGAUGCGCCAGGAACAUCACCAGCAGUCGCGCCAGGAGCACCAACAGCAGAUGCGCCAGGAACACCACCAGCAGAUGCGCCAAGAGAGCCAUCAACAGAUGCGACAGGAGCAGCAGAUGCGGCAGCAGGUGGUUCAAAGCCAGCAACAACAGCAGCAGCAACAGAUGCGGCAGGAGCAGCAAAUGCGUCAGCAGGUGGUUCAAAGCCAACAGCAGCAGCAGCAACAGCAGCACCAGCGCCGCUCCUGGUCAUCCAGCAUCCAGCAGGACCAACUUCGCAUUGGCGGAAGCAUUAUAGGCCAGCAGAUCGAGUCCCGAGUGACGCCGGUGGCCGGCAUGUCCUCGGCCAGCAUCAACCAGCGGACCAUGGUGUCGCGGCGCUCCAACGCCUCGAACAUCUCCAGCAUCCUGGCCGACAGCAGCACCACCAGCAGCAGCAGCAUGAGGGUCACCUCCCUGUACAAGAGCGAGUUCGAGCCACGCGUGGUGGGGCCGUGCCCUGCCGCCAGGCUGGCCGGCGCCGCCGACCCCUCCCCCUUCAAGCACACGAGGGACACCAAAGCGCACAAGUUCUUCCUGCCCACCGUGUCGAACUGACCCCGGCCACAGGGGCCCGAGAGGGCCCACGAGGCCUUUGACUGGAUAGACCGACAGAACGUCCUCUGUAGAGUCACGAUACGUUUACUGGCGUAACAUUUACUCUGCUAUUAUUUAUUAUUACGAGAAUGAGUUGUGAAAAUACUUUAGUGGUUUAAAGAAACCACUUGGCGGUUUGCCAUCUAUAUUUCGGCAUUCCGUCCUUGGGACUGAACUAAAUAGUGCCAAUAAGCAGUUAUUUGAAUUUCUGUGUAAAUAAAAUACCCACGUGAGUGGGUUACUUUAAGUUCCACCAGGAAAAAAAUAUUUAUUGUGUAGAUCAACUAACAUAGACAAAUAUGCACUUAGUAGAGCUUUUAAGGUUGCCUGCACUUCAUCCAACUGCAUGUAAGGCCUACCUGCUCUAGGUGAUUUUAUAGAGCUGUUGUUUUGUUUGUUUGUUUUUUUACUGCUUUUAGAUUUGUAAGCAAAGUAUCAAAUAUUGGGUGAAUGUGAUAAAAGAUCUAUUGUGUGAACUUUUCGUACUUUUAUAACAAUAGUAACAGUUACUUCUGAGAUGAAGAACCCAGUAUAAUCUGUGAUACAAAAUUCGAGAGAGGGAAGUCCCUGCCAACAUGAGGGAUUGAUACAAAAGGUUGUGAGUGCCAUACUGAUUUCCCCAAGUCACUGACGAGUUACCAAACUUUUACUGCAGUCUGAUAUGUCGCAUUCCUAUUUUUCAAAUAUGCUCUAUUGUCAUGUUCACAUAGGAGAUAUCUACAAUAACCAAGUUAAGCUACUUCCUCAUUGGGUGUUGAACUUAUAAGAGGAAUUACAAUGAACUGUUCCAUACCAGAUGGUUCACAAUUUUGCAGUUAUACUGUAGCCUGCAUAGUACCAUGAAUAUGGCGCCGAGCCAAUAGGCAACCCACUCUACAUUAAGGUACAAUAUAACUACGAAAUACAGGGGGAUAUCAGCUGAGUAGUCCACAAAACUUCCAAUAAUGUAGAUUUGUAAGUUGGAGAACAAUGUGAAAUACACAUUAUAUUUUUCAUACAAAAUUAUAAUUGCUAUUAUUCAAAACUGCUGUAUGUAGCAAUUUGUGAUAACUGACAAAGUUAUGAUGGUGACUUUUUUUUGUGUCUAACUUUUGUUUGCUUUGCCCUUUUAACUUUCUUAAGCUAUAUCAGAAGCACAUGGCACAAAGCAGUGUGGUUUUCUAGAACUGUUUUUGAUUGUUUUAUUGAAAUUCAAUAAAGAAUGCUUUAUUUUACUAUUA